AUGGCUCCCCGAAAGAAAUCGAAAUCCUUCCUCAAUACCGCUCGCAAGAAUGGCGCAGAUCAGCAUAGACAAGGGAUCAAUGGCGAAAGAGUGAAGGGCAUAGUCGAACCGCACACAACGAAACAAUACGAAUUCUGUACCGAGACGGGAAAAGACCCCGUGAGUAGCGCGUAUGACCUAGCGUCGCUCAAGGACUUUGCCCAUCAUCUAGCCCUGGGGAUGGAAGGGCGUCAUGACAAAGAUAUUGCAGGCCAGAACUCCGUGAUAGGAGUAUGGAAGCGGUUCACCGCCGGAUUCGACCGUGAUAAUGACGAUGCCAUCCCACAGCCCUUAAUGAACUCGGUGCUAAAUUAUCUUCAUAAGACGGUGUUCCCUGAGCGUGGGAACCCGGAGGUUAAGAGGCCGCGUAAUCAUGCAAGGAAAAAUCACUUUAUCCACCUCGGUCGACAGUUAUGGGAAAACGACUGGCACGAAUACCCAAAACCGAUCAUGAGAGUCAGCAUAUGGGCGCAAAUUUUAUUAUAUGUGUUUUCUUCUGCGAGGCUGUGUGAAUAUCUCGAAGGUGCAUCCCGCGCGAACUCUGGCCGAGGAUUGUAUUGUAGGAAUAUCACCUUUGGUGUCAUUCGAAAUGAACUUGGAGAACCCGAACUCGCCGCACAAGUGGUCAAGGAUACGAAGGGUAUGACUAAGAGGCCUAACAAACGACCAAAGCAUGAGGUCUAUGAAGGAUUAUCCACAAAACCACGAGCUCUUCUUCUCAACCCCAUGAUUCCGAUCCUUGCAAUGCUGAUCGCUUGCGGUAGACUACGUGAUUUUAACACCCUGGAUGAGGUGUUAGCAAUACCGGCUCCUCCUGAAGACGAAGUCUAUGCGCUCGAAUAG